AUGUCUUUCCAUCUCUCUGCCCAGGACAUCCGCGUCGAUGACGGCCACAUCCUCCGUGCCCGUCUCGACAACGGUGAGGGCGAGUGGGUUGACGCUGAGCUCGACCUCAACACCGUCCUUGGCAACAACGACGGCCUCUUUGAGUGGGAGGGUGGUGACUUCGCCGCCAGCGCCGAGGGUAUCACCUUCCAGCUGGAGGGUGACGAGAACGUUCCCAUUCUCCGUGCCGGUCUCACCAACAUGAACGGCGAUGUCAACUGGCAUGACGUCAACCUUGCCGAGCGCAUCACCAACAACGGCGGCCAGUUCGAGCUCCAGUAA